CUUCGCGCCUGCGGCGGCUGGUGCACCUCCCAGAGGUGGAGUCUUGGGCGCAUGAUGGCGGCUCGUGGGGCUCGGGCUCCUACCUCCGAGCAAUCCUGGCUUGAGGCUGCCCAGGCUUUCAUCCAAGAGACCCUGUGUCCAGCUGGCAAGGAGUCCAGUGUCCAGUUGACUCAGCUGGUAAUUGAUUGUGUGAAGACAGCCUGGUUGUCCCAGGCAAGGAACCAGGGUUUUAUACUGCCCCUCAGCUACAGCUUUGUCUCAGUGCAGGACCUCAGGACCUACCAGCGUCUCCCGUGCUGCAGCCAUCUCUCCUGGAGCAGUAGUGCAUACCAGGCUUGGGCCCAAGAGGCUGGACCAGGUGGGGCCCCUCUGCCCCGGGAGCGACUAUUACUUUUAGGGACGCUAACAGAUCUGUCGGGGGACUUGGAACAAGAGUGCAAGAAUGGAAGCCUCUAUGUGAGAGAUAACACCGGUAUCCUAGGCUGUGAGCUCAUAGAUCUGGACCUUUCUUGGUUGGGCCAUCUUUUCCUUUUCCCGAGUUGGAGUUACCUCCCUCCUGCCAGGUGGAAUUCCUCAGGGGAAGGGCACUUGGAGCUGUGGGGUGCCCCCAUGCCAGUGUUCCCCUUGACCGUCAGCCCUGGCCCUACCACACCUAUCCCUGUCGUCUACCCGGAGAUGGCUUCCCGCCUGCUCAGGCAUAGAAGCAAGUUCAGAUUUGUACACCCAAACCUGGCUGGGAAGCUGGUUCGAUUGAGUGCUCUGGUGAACAGUCACAGGAAAACUUACUUUGUACUGUCUCUUGGGAGUUCAUCCCCAGCUGUCAGCCAUGUGUCCAUUGUCGUGCAGGUCCCUGCCCAGCUGGUCUGGCACCAUGCCCUUUGGCCUGGUCGGUCCUACGUGCUGACAGAGCUGCGAGUGUCCGGGAUCUGCGGUCACCGUUACCGUGUUUGGACGACCAGUCCCUCUUCCCAGCUGUUGCCACUGAAACCAGAAUGUGUGCGGGAGCUGGAACUGGAGCUGGAAGGACCCGUCUUGGAGGCUGAUCCCAAGCUACUCCCUGUGCCCAUCAGCUCUCAGGACUGGACGGGGAAGAAAGGCCUCAUCCGGAACUCCAGACUUCUGUCAUAUACAGGAAUGGUCACCAGUGUACUGAAUGAGCCUGCUGGCCUCUAUGAGCUGGAUGGGCAGUUGGGGCUCUGUCUUGCCUACCAGCAAUUCCAUAGUUUCCGGCGGGUGGUGCGACCAGGAGCCUGUCUAGAGCUCCAGGAUGUUCACCUUCUCCAGUCAGUGGGUGGAGGAACAAAAAGGCCAGUGCUAGCCCCUUGCCUCGGUGGUGCCGUCCAAGUUCGAGGCUUCUCUCGUCAAAAGCCCAAGACUCAGUCAUCCCACCAAGCCCAUGGGGCCUCCUUGUAUGAGCAGCUGGUAUGGGAACAUCAGUUAGGACUUCCCCUCUACCUGUGGGCUUCCAAGGCCCUGGAGGAGCUGGCCUGCAAGCUGUGUCCCCAUGUGCUGAGGCAUCACCAGUUCCUGCAGCAUUCCCGUCCUGGGAACCCCGGCCUGGGACUGCAACUCCUGGCUCCUACCCUGGAUAUUCUAGCUCUUCCAGACAGCCCCAUUCGGAAUGCACAGAAGGAGAUCCUUGAAGAGCCUCAUCACUGUCCCCUCCAGAAAUACAUUCGGCUGCAGACUCCCUGCUCUUUCCCCACUCUGGCCACCCUGAAAGAGGAAGGGCAGUCCAGGGCCUGGGCCUCCUUUGACCCUAAGGCCCUUCUGCCCCUCCCAGAGGCUUCUCACCUACCCAGUUGCCAGCUCAAUCAUCGCCUGGCCUGGUCCUGGCUCCGCCUGCUGCCCUCUGCCUUCCACCCAGCCCAGGUUUUAGUUGGGGUUCUGGUGGCUUCAUCUCAAAAAGGUUGUCUGCAACUGCGGGACCAAAGUGGUUCCCUGCCCUGCCUUCCCCUGACCAAGCACUCAGAACCCAUCACUGACCCUCGGCUCACAGGCUGCCUGGUGCGGACAGAGAGGUUUCAGUUGAUUGUAGAGAGGGAUGUCAGAAGCAACUUUCCAUCCUGGAGGGAGCUGAGUAUGGCAGGCUUCAUCCAGAAGCAGCAGGCGAGAGUCUACGUCCAGUUCUUUCUGGAUGGUGCCCUGAUCCUGUCUGUGCCCAGACCCUUCCUUCGCUCAGCCACCCGCUCAGGACAUUCUCAGGCAGAACCAACCCACCCAGACGGACUCCACAUGGGGCAAAGCCGGCUAUUCUUGCUAUACCACAAGGAGGCCCUGAUCAAACGGAAUUUUUGUGCCCCCCCAGGAGCCAGUCUGGAGGCACCCCAGCCCACUCUCAGUUUCCACGUGUCAGGGAGCUGGCUUGGGGGCACCCAGAGGAAGGAGGGGACUGGGUGGGGCCCAUUGGAGCCUCAGGGAGAUGAGAAGAAAAAUCAGAAGGUUCUCCUCAUCUUCCUUGGCUCUUCAGUCCGCUGGUUUGAGUUCUUGCACCCAGGGCAAGUGUACCGACUCGUGGCCCCAGGCCCCCUUACACCAGCGUUGUUCAAGGAGGGCGGCUCAUCCUGCAUAUCUCAGCGGCCUUUGGAGUUGGCGGGCUAUGCAUCCUGCCUCACUGUCCAGGAUGAGUGGACCCUGGAGCUUGAGCGUUGCCAGGACAUCCCAGAUGUGUUGGGCAUAGAGAAGGCACUGCCUGAAUCCUCGAUGACUGACUUCCUCAGUGGCAACUUCACAGAUUCCUUGGUAUCUUUCUCAGCUGAGAUUUUGUCACGGACGCUUUGUGAGCCACUUCCAGCCCCUCUGUGGACAAAGCCUGGGAGCCCUGGAGCUGCGAGGAAGUGUGUGAAGCUGACUGUAGCUCUAGAGACUGCUGACUGUGGGUCUCUGCCUCACUUGUGCGUGUACAUCGAGGACCCACACCUGCCUCCCCCACUAGGACUCCUUCCAGGAGCUCGAGUCUACUUUAAGCAGCUGGAGAAAAGGGUUUCCAGAUCCCACAAUGUUUACUGCUGUUUCCGCUCGUCCACUUACGUGCAGGUCCUCAGCUUUCCCCCGGAGACCACCACCAGCCCCUCCUUGCCCCACAUCUACCUGGCUGAACUUCUGCAGGGUCGCCAGGCCCCAUUCCAGGCCACUGCCUCUUGUCAUAUCGUUUCUGUCUUCAGCCUUCAGCUUCUCUGGGUGUGUGCUCAUUGUACCAGCCUCUGCCUCCAGGGAAGGUGUACUCAUCAAGGCCCCACUUGCCCUACUCAGACAUCUGUAAGCCAGGCCAACAUCAGGCUCCUGGUAGAAGAUGGGACUGCUGAAGCUGUGGUGACCUGUAGGGACCAUCAUGUGGCAGCAGCUCUAGGGCUGUGUCCUACUGAGUGGACCUCCCUCCUAGAGUGUGUCCGAGUGCCAGGGAGAGUGGCCUUGCACUUUACAGGGCCUGGAGCCCAGCUUGAGUCCUCAGCCAAGAUUGAUGAGCCCUUGACCCUCUUCCUCUGGACACUCUGUACCAGCCUGUCUGUCCUGCGCCCUAUUUUGCUUUCUUUUGAGCUUGAGAGGAAACCCUCUAAGAUCCUCCCACUAGAACCUCCCCGGCUGCAGCGUUUCCAGUGUGGAGACUUCCCGCUCCUGACUCGUGUGAAUCCCAGGCUCCAACUGUCAUGCCUCUCUAUUCAGGAGCAAGAACACCCUAGCUCUCUGGGGGCCUUUGCUCCCUCCCAUUAGCCUGGACCGCAAGGAUGACCUGAAAGUUCUUCCUGCCUUGCUGGAAACCUUAAGGCCCAGGUCCUAGCUCUUCCUCUUUGUUGUUGCCCCUGCUUUCUCUGUGAUUGAGCCAGUAGUCUAAAUCAUUGUGUUCACAAACUGCUACCUCACUGUAAUUUCUCCUCAUUGGUCCCAGACAAGGGACCUGGCAUCCUGGAGCCAGCCUGCCUUGUGAGGGAAAUUGUAAACAGACAAAUCAUGGUGCUACUGAGGUCAUGGUGUGUGUACUUACAGGUGGCCCUGAACACCUGGGUCCUGCCUUUGUGGCAGGUGCCAAAGAGACAAAAGACUUGCACUUCGUGGGGGUGCUGGUGACAGGCCCUUGGCCUGCAAUAAAGCUCUGUAGUGGUAUUUCUCACUUGUGUUCAUUUCUGGGGUCCUAGGUUUCCUGGCCCAUGGUUCACUGUCAUUUUUACUCUUAUUUGCCUCCAGUGCCUCCAGUGCUGAGAAGAGGUUUGGAAGAGAGGUGCAGUCCAUACCCUCAAGAGCUUCUGGCGCAGCAGAGAAAAUGAUAGCAGAAGUCAGGAACCCGUAAGGGAGUAAAUUAGGGAGUGGGGUAGGGCACAGAAUGGCUGUGAUGGUCUCAGUCAGCAAGGCUGAUGUGUGGGAGAAGUCAAGUUUGACGGCCUAGAGUUGCUGGAGGCACAAGAUGGGUGUGGGAGAAAGAGGUGCCUAGCACUAGGAGGGGCAUGUGAGGUAAGGGUGCCUAUCCUAUGGAAUCCCAGUCAGGAGUUAGUGCUGUGGGCCCCCCAUGGGCCAGGCCUAAGGCAGAUAGAUGCUUAAUAAACACUAUGAGAUCUGCGAAAACUAAAUCAGAACCCAGAGUCAGGGGUUGCAGGAGCAAUUGUUUCAGGGUGCUCAUGCGUUUGGCUGGUGUUCCCCCAUUUCUUUCCUGGGGGAGAGGUGGAGCUGAACCACACCUCUUUGAGCUGUUCAGAGGGCACUCCUUUUUUGGUCGUCAGGGAUCGGUUCUAAUUUGCUUUUGGGAGGCCUUUGGAGUGCCUUCAGGUCAACGCAGCAAGUAUUGUUAUUGAAUCUGUUGCAGGUUUGGAAUUUACAGUUGCCACAUAUAGAGAGAAGAGCGCUCUGCUUUCCCAGCGGGCCGGUUAGCUCAGUUGGUUAGAGCGUGGUGCUAAUAACGCCAAGGUCGCGGGUUCGAUCCCCGUACGGGCCACAAAGUUUUUUUUCCCUGCUCUCGCGUAGAAGGUUCUACCUGGAGUCACUGCUUCACAACAACCUGAGUUCCUUGCGCACUCCGAGGACUGGAAUUGGGGGACUUCAUGGCUGGGGUGGGAGGAACGUUCCCCCCACCUUCCCGGAGAGCGCCUUGCUGGAAACCGGCGGAGAAUGGGAAGAUCCGGGAGAAAAACCCCAGAAAGGCGGACGGUAGUGGGGCGGGGCCGCGAACGAAAGGCCGUUCUUCGGCAUUUGCACCGUCAGCUUCCCAGCCGAGGCCAGCCAGCCCUUGCAGGCCCGGAACCGAAAGGAACGUGGCAGGGAAGGGAGUGAAGUGUUCACGGUGCCUGGAAACUAGCAAAGGGACAGCUCAAAGCCGCCUCGUAGGCGCGAGUAGUCGUGGCCGAGUGGUUAAGGCGAUGGACUAGAAAUCCAUUGGGGUCUCCCCGCGCAGGUUCGAAUCCUGCCGACUACGAGUUGUUUUUCUUCGACUGAGUGAUCACAUAAUUUUCCAUGGUCCAGCCUGCACCCCCUGAAAUUCCUCCGUUUCCAGAAUCCGAGGCCCCGGGAAUGGGACCGCCUACCUUGGGGCUGCUGCUGAGAUCUUCGAUGUAUUUCUUUUAAAAACAGUGGGGGAUUCCAUUGGAUGGAUGCGUGGAGUAAAACCUGCAGAUUGACCAAAUUAGUUCUAGAAAAAUCUGAAAAACAGGGUGUGUCCAGGCCCUGAGUGGUAUACCCCUGUAG